AUGGUCACGAUCAGUGCAGUUCCGACCAUGAUGAACCCGAGCGACAUCGGCACGAAGGCUUUAGGAGCUGGAAGGUUGAGACUUCUUUUGAACCUUUUGGGUUUUCGUGACGGUCGUGAUGCCAUUGGCACCACGGAGCGAGAAGAAGCAGAACGCAGUCUUGUUUUGAGGAGAGUUGCAGCAAGAACCAACAGCGCAGUAGCAAGAACCUUUGCGACGCUUGCAGUUAGCAUGUUUUGCCCUGUCAGUGAUGGUUUGAAGCAAGAAGGUGUGGACUCAGAGUUUUCAGUGCAGCGAGCACAUGUUCACGCCGCGCAGCCUCAGAACAGCCUCGAGAGCAGCAGGAACGCCAGGUUUUCCCUGUUCGUCGCCGCCAUGGACGGCGCAGGAGCUGGAACACCCGCCGGCACCGAGAACAGCGGCGGCAGUGUCCUGGGAGAGCAGCAAGAUCUACGAGGACUUGCCGAAGCCCUUCAGCAGGACGACAGCUUUGACGCAGCAGCCAGAAAGCUAGCAGAAGCCACCAAGCGUGAAGAAGUCACUAAGGCCAAAGAGAAGGAAGCAAAGAAGAGAGAAGAGGACGAGAUAGCAGCGAAAGGGUUGAUGAUGUUGGUAGGUCAGACCGACGACCUCCUGGAGAAGAUCACCGCGUUGCAGAAGUUGGUUGCGCAAAGAGAAAUAUCUCUAGGAGAAGCAAAAGCAGAGAGAGACUACGCCAACAGCAAGAUGAUAGAUGCCAACAAGAGAGCAGAGACAAUGCGUGACGAGUGGAAGCAAGCAGAACAAAAGCUUCAGGACGUUUUGAACCAGAAGGAGUACCUGGAUAGCUUGAUAGCAAAGGAAGCAGAAAGCAAGGAGGCAGCAAAGAAGCUAAAGCAGGAGAAUGAAGAAAAGUUUCAAAGAACGGCGGACCAGCGUGCCGAGGAUAUGAGGAAUGCCAUGAUUAGGUCAAGGAGAGAAGAGGAAGCAAGGCAGAACGAAGAUGGCAGAGACCCAGCAGCCAGCGGGUCGAGCGACCCACAGCCGCAGCCGCAACAGCAGCAAGGAAAGGAGCAGCCAGAACAACAGAAAGGAAAAGGAAAGCAGCCACCGCCACAGCCAAAGGGAAGAAAAGGAGAAGAGCAGCAGCCCAAAGGAAAAGGAGAAGAGCAGCAGCAAAAGGAGAAGGAAAGCAGCAGCAGAAG